UUUGACUCAUCUUCCGAGAAAUUACCUAAUUACAAACAUUCAUUAUUGGUAAAACAAGGGGUUUCGAGACGCCCACUAGUAAAAUUGCGGUGGUUGACUUGGACUCAAUUGUUAUUUAUGAUUGUUCCCACAUAUUUCUCCAUUUUUCUGAUACCUGCAUUGUUACAUGGUCUAACCGAAGGCGUUCAUGUUCUCCUAACCCGACGUCGCGACAAAUAAUCCCAAGAAAAUAUAUGAGGGAUUCCCUCACUCCGUUACGAUGAGGAACAUUGCGAGCCCAUGCUGCGACUUUUCCCUAUUAAAAAUUAUGUUUCUUAACAUUGUAACUCAUUUGAUUCAUUAACAAAUCCAACAGUUGGAAAUACUUACCCACUCUUCAGCAGGAAAUCCUGAGAGAUGAACAACAACACGCAACACGUGUGAAGCGAGUGCGAGACGGACUGACAGGUUGACUGGUGGUGGUGGUGGCGGUGUUGUGUUCAACUUGUCUGCUGAGAUGAGACAUGUUCAUCUCAGCAGACAAGUUGUGGCAUACGGACAAGCAAACGUUGUGAGAGUCCGGGAUUGGGAUGAGACAAAUCGCUCUCGUGAAUGAAUAUUUAUCUCAAUUAUUUGCUAAUUAAAAAUUUCAUUAAAGUAUGUAAACAUACCUAAAAACCUCCCUCAUCUCACCCCACUGCUACAUUUUUUGUUUAUGAGAAAGGGUAAUUGUUUAUUCUCAAUUCCAACAAUUGGAUAUUUCUCAAUACAAUAUUCUCAAACUGGCCCCUUCUGUGCUUCUUACUUUACAGUAAAAUGUCUGCACAAAGAGAUCGGACGGACGAAGAUGAUUUGGAUUUAAGUUUCGAGAUUGAUGGCAGACGUUACUCUACGAUUGAUGAGUAUCUGACACAAUGUCAAGCCCAAGGGGGACCCCUCUCCUCCGUGACCACUGGAUCAUCAACCUUACCCGAUAAGGAGAAUCAGAGUGACGUCGACGACUGUGUUAAACUAGGUCAAGAAACAAUUGUAUCGUCGUCAGCCAGUGUGCGGGGACCAUUUCGUGUGGUGUCGGCCUCUGCUACGUCAUCUUGUCCUUCAACGACGUUCCUUGUGCCAACAUAUGAUAAGACUGAAGACAAGCUGGAGAAGAAGACUCCACCUGCUCAACGUGCCUCUACGUCCACCCUGAAGAAAGUGCAAGCUCGUGACGAAGGAACUCCCAGCCGCGCUGGUCGCGACCGUUACAAAAAAGUGUCAGCGGAAGUUCCACCACCGACAAAGAAGAGCCGACCACUGGUCUACACAGAUAGUGAUGAUGACGACGACGCCGACUUAGUCACUUCUCCAGUUAAGAAGAGGGAAGAUUCCCCCCUCAAUGAUGAGACCGAGAAGGUGGAAUGGGAGGAGUGGAUUUUGAAGAAGCACAAUCAGAUUGUUGGGUUCUUCGAGGAUCAUGUUCGUAUCGAGGAGGGAGCAGUUACCAAAUUAAUCUUGGAAGAUGAUCCAAUUUCUGGAAGAGUUGUUGAAGUUAACCCAGACAUAAUGGCGGAGCUCCUCCCUCAUCAUUUUCGUGGCGUUAAGUUUAUGUAUGAAACUUGUUUUGGGGGCUUCGAACAAGAAGCACGUUAUAACUCUGACAUGUUCACUUUGGAUUAUCUCGUGGGACCUGGAAGAGAGACACAAGUCGCAGCGUUCGCCCAGGCUGUACUGAAAAACGAGCCGCGACCGGGACUUGGGACAAUUCUUAUCCUCUGUCCCCUUCUCAAGAGACAAAUAUGGUCAUGUGAAAUAGACAAUGUGUUUGAAACUGUGGACCCCGACCAGCGACCUUUACUUCAUGACGUCUGGCAAGGAGAAAAUAUUCGACAGAAAAUCAAUUCUUUAAAGCUGUGGACGAGUCAGGGAGGAGUCGCAAUUUUGGACUUUGAUCUGUUCCAAAAAUUGGACGAGUACUACGUGGACGAUGAUGACGACGACUCUCGGGAAGUUAUUAACAAUAGCCUCUUCACUCCUGGUCCAGCAAUUGUAUUUUUGGAUUUCGAAAGUAUUGAUAAACGAUAUGUUAAGAAGAAGUAUAAAGGCCUCCUGAAAAUCACUACAACCCGACAGGUAGUUUUCCCUGACCUGUAUUCACAGGACCCCGUUCAACACAUCAAUCGUGUUAUCUUUAGAGAUUGGCUGUCAGUUGCAACGACCGGAUUCUUCAAAGAUCACUACAACAAGUUUUUAUUUUUGUGUGAUUUGGUGGACUAUCAUGUCAAGAAAGAAGUCCAUUGGAUUCAGAAGAAAGGAUUCGCCACUACACAGAUCAAAGGGUCAAAUUCCUUUCUGAAGUCAGAUUUUCCAUGUCAAUGGAGGAAGGGAAUUUCAAAUAACGCUAGAAAUUAUGACAGAAAUCCAGAAAGGCGAGAGAAGUUGUAUGUUAAGAAUAAUGAACGAAGAAGGAAUAUCCCAAAUAAAUAUGUCUUGUACAUCCUUGUAAUCUCUCCAAAAGUUGGACCCCUUAGGGUUCAAGACUUAUGCGACCCCGAAUUUGACCUCUGCAUCUACAUCGGUCAAUGGGAUGCAGCAACUAACGAUGGUGAUAUAACGUGCCGACAGAAACAUUUUUGUGAACUAAAUUCCCCAGUUUAUAUUCUAACAAGCGACCCCAAAAACCAGUGCAACGAGGUGUUGGCACAGCAGUGCUUAAAUCAGUUUGUUGCUCACUUUGGAGAAGCUUUUCUUCUAUAUUAUGCAGACGAAUGGAAUCAGAAGAUUCCAGACAAGCCAAAGUUCAUUCUCAGCUCUCCAGAGGUGAAGCAUUUAGAUGAGGAUGGCAGUUUGGAGGAAAAAGCAAGAAACAUGGCGAGGGACGGAAUUUGGAUUUUCUCAGGACUAGGAGAGGAUGAAAAGCCACACCCACCACAACACGCCAGAUUUGAUCACCUCUGCAAACUCCCAUUUGGCAUCAAAACAAGCUACAUUAAAUCCAGAGUUAUCCCUGGGUUAGGCCAGGGGUCCAAUUGUUGGAAGAAUAAGGCGAAUAAAAAUGUGAUCAAGGUGCCAAGCAAGAAAACGAGCCAUUCAACACACCCAACAGCCGACUUGAACAACAAGAUGUAUGAAAUAGUGGCGAACAACAAUGAAAAAUAUGAAAACGGCCUCAGAAUCCUUGGCACAUAUGUCUUGUACAUCCUUGUAAUCUCUCCAAAAGUUGGACCCCUUAGGGUUCAAGACUUAUGCGACCCCGAAUUUGACCUCUCCAUCUACAUCGGUCAAUGGGAUGCAGCAAAUACCAAUGGUGAUACUGAGAUAACGUGCCGACGGAGCCAUUUUUGUGAACUAAAUUCCCCAGUUUAUAUUCUAACAAGCGACCCCAAAAACCAGUGCAACGAGGUGUUGGCACAGCAGUGCUUAAAUCAGUUUGUUGCUCACUUUGGAGAAGCUUUUCUUCUGUAUUAUGCGGACGAGUGGAAUCAGCUACACCCAGAUAAGCCUAAAUUUAUUCUCAGCUCCCCAAAGGUGAAGAAUUUAGAUGAGGAUGGCACUUUGGAGCAAAAAGCCAGAAACAUGGCGAGGGAUGGGAUUUGGAUUUUUGUUGAACUAGGAGAGGAUGAAAAGCCACACCCCCCGAAACACGCCAGAUUUAACGACCUCUCCAAGAUCCCAUUUGCUAUCAAAACAAGCUACAUUAAAUCCAGAGUUAUCCCUGGGUUAGGCCAGGGGUCCAAUUGUUGGAAGAAUUAGACUACAUAAUUUCCUGACCACAAAGAUCCACCCUAUGAAGCCACCAAGUUGUUUAUGGUUAAACGAAUCCGGUCGUGCUUCGGAAUCCCAAGAUGGGAGAAAGAUCUCAUAAAACAUUUUAAACUUGAAUCU